AUGCCGCUGGCGCUGCUGUCCAGCGACCUGCAGCUGCGGGUGCUGCUGUGGCCGCCGAGCCGGGACGCGCUGCGGGUGGCGUGCGUGUGCGGCGCGCUGCGGGGCCUGCUGGCGGACGGCCGCGCGUGCCGCGCCUUCUGGCACCGCCUGUCCUCGGGCGACGGCGGCACGCACUCCGGGAAGGCAGCCUGGCUGCACCCGGUGGCCGAGGCGAGCCUCCUGCGGAGGUACCUGGAGCGGGCGGCCGCCUUCGACGUGUUCGGGAGGCUGCGGUUCUGGUCCCAGUGCCAGGUCUCGGCCCUGCUGGCCGCGCUGGACCACUUCCCCCGGCGCGCCUCCGUCGGGGCCGGGCGCUGCAGGGGCAAGACGCUCUUCGUCGGGCAGUGCCGCUUCCGGUCACCAGGAGCUCGAGGGCCUCGUCGCGGGCAGCCGCUCGGCGCCGGUGCAGAGCUCCCGGGUCGGCUUCGUGUGGCAGGCCGGGGGGCUCGGCUUCGACGCCUUCCUCGAGGCGGCGGCGCACCCGGCGCUCGCGGGGGGGCUGUCGCUCGUGUGGAGGACCCGGGCGCAGUCAAGCAGUGGCGAAGCGUCUCUUUGAGACCCGGGACUGCAUCGAGCUGGACAUCGCCCCAGACUUCUGACGACCUGCAGGCCGACAUUGCUGCUCGUCCUGGAGAGCCCUCGUCGCCACGGCGGGAUCAUCCAAGAAGCUGUGGAGCAGUGGCCUCGGCACCUCUCACCAGAUCCCCGAGGAUCUGUGUCUUUUGCAGCCCGGGCGCCUCCCCUCGAUUUCAGUUCCUGGGUCCCGCCCGCGGGCCCCAGGGCCAUGAGAAGUGA